AUGGCAACACCGACCGAGCAGAUGAUGGAGAUGACGUUGAGCGCGAACCCGGGAUGGUCAAACACCGUGUUGAAAGAGAGCCCAACAGACUCGCCCGCGUUCACCACUAGGCCCGAAGUGUACACCAUGGCAAAGAACAAACCAACGUCGUACUGGAACCCAACCACAAACAUGAGCAGCACAGAAAAAACGAGCGCAUUGAGGAUCUCGAACGGGAUCUCGAUCAGCGUUCUCGUGCUCGAUCUUCUCGUUGGUCGUGCUGUAGGAGAUGGUGUCAAUGAUAUGGUCUGCUGCGUUGGUGAAUUUAGGCACAGGGUAGCCGAUAUUGGUGAAAUGUUGGAGCAGCUCCUGCUGCGUCCCGUUGAACGUGACCCAGCCGCCUUUUGCGAGCAGAAGGAUCGAGCCGAACCCGUCCAGCGACCGUGGCUGGUGGAUCGUCAUCACGACGGUGGUCCCUGA